GGUCGCAGAGGUUCCGGGAAGCGUAUUGCCUGUGCUGCGGGCCCUGGGCUCGGCCUGGCGGGCAGCUCCCGGGAGCGGCUAGUACUCUCCCCUUGCCGCCAUCCGCUCUGGGGUCGGGUCCCGGAGUCCUGCAGCUGCGGUCCUGCCUCAGCUCCUCGCUGGCCGCAGAUGGAAGACAGGUUGCAGACGGGAGCUGUCGAUAUUCAACCAGCAUGCCUUGGACUUUAUUGUGGGAAGACUCUACUAUUUAAAAAUGACUCAGCUGAAAUCUAUGGAGAAUGUGGGGUGUGUCCUAGAGGACAGAGAACAAAUGCACAGAAAUACUGUCAACCUUGCACAGAGUCUCCAGAACUUUAUGAUUGGCUCUAUCUUGGAUUCAUGGCUAUGCUUCCUCUUGUUUUACAUUGGUUCUUCAUUGAGUGGUACUCAGGGAAAAAGAGUUCCAGUGCCCUGUUCCAGCACAUCACUGCAUUGUUUGAGUGCAGUGUGGCAGCUGUUAUCACCUUACUUGUGAGUGACCCGGUUGGCGUUCUUUAUAUCCGUUCAUGUCGAGUAUUGAUGCUUUCUGAUUGGUACACAAUGCUUUACAACCCAAGUCCAGAUUACAUUACCACAGUGCAUUGUACGCAUGAAGCUGUCUACCCACUAUACACCAUCGUAUUUAUUUAUUACGCGUUCUGCUUGGUGUUGAUGAUGCUGCUUCGCCCUCUUCUGGUGAAGAAGAUCGCCUGUGGAUUAGGGAAGUCUGAUCGAUUUAAAAGCAUUUAUGCUGCACUUUACUUCUUCCCAAUUUUAACUGUACUUCAGGCAGUGGGUGGAGGCCUUUUAUAUUAUGCCUUCCCAUAUAUUAUAUUAGUAUUAUCUUUAGUUACUCUGGCUGUGUACAUGUCAGCUUCUGAAAUAGAGGUAGGAAAUCUUUUUUCUUUAAAGACUUUUUUAAAUAGAUUUGACAAUUGAAUAGGUGAAUAGUACAUACGAUAUAGUACAACUGAUUGUUUUAGUAAUUCUUGGCUACUUGAUAUCAUUCCAUAGUUUUUAGCUCAUUAGUUAAUUUCAUGAAAGGCUGUAUACUGGGCUAUGUUUGCUUAGGAAAUUAGUGAAGUAGUUUGGCUCAACUCUCCAGCACAUUGGAGGAAAAAAAAUCAUUUCACAUGAUUUACUUAUAAAGAAAAUAUUUAAGUAUUGAAAUGUUGAAACUUAUUAACACUAUUUUGAGGAAAACUUAAAAAUGCUUUAUUGUAUAUAGCACUAAUUUUACACUUUAUUUUACAAUGACAACACUAGCAGUCAUCAAUAAUUGUACAUUGCAUUCCCUUCUAUAUUUUGUCCCCAGUUUUAUUUUCUUGAUUAUGGAUAUAUACUUUUGCCCUCUGCU